AUGUCUGACGCACCUAAAGAAACUUCCAGGUUAGUCGCAUCUGGGGAAUUUACGUACCCAAUCACAGAGGUAACACAAAUCAGCAGGGAAACGCAAGAGCCCAAGUCGCGGAAGGAGCGUUCGCGCACCCCGUCACCGCCACCACCGCUCUUCACGUACGACAAGAACACGUCUCGAACCACUUGGCAUAAACAAACUGCGGAUGAGCAGAACUACAUCCAGCUCGUCGUCGAGCGAGAAGGUUUCCCUCAUGGCGCCAUCAUCGCUGACCGCAUCGAUCCGCAUCUGCUUUUCAAGGUAGCUCCAGCACUCCAGAAGCGUCUUGAGGGCCGCCGCAUCUUUAUUCCCCCGACAGCAUGUCUAGACGAAGAGGUUAUCGAGUCGAUGGUAUUUGGCCUCAUCCGUUGCGCGAAGGAAGAUAUACCCAUGCCCGAGCCGGUUGAGAAGAAGCCUGUUACCAUGAUCAUGAUACACUGUGUUCUGGUCUUCUUCGAGAUGGAGAAGGAAGCUCAAAACAUAGUUCAGAAGCUGUGGGACUUGUUUCAGCAGGUCAAGCUCACGCCCAUGGAUGUGCUCUGGAUCUGGGACACGUUUAGUGGACGUGUCCAGUCCGAGCCAUACACUGCGCCCUUCGCCCACGAGUACGUACAGAUGAUGGCGUGGCAGAUAUUGAACCUGGACGCGGUGAGUGUGUUGGAUCAGGAUAUUCGACACCUGAUUGAGCUGGAGAAGGAGCCGAAGUACUUCACUGAGACGAUGGAGGCGCGUUUCAAGACACACGGACUGGGGAAGGACCCUAUUGUUCCAGAAGCACUGAAAGAGGUUCCUUCGCCGCCUAAGGUGGCCGUUGCCGAAAAGACCAAACGUGAGAUCAAUGCUGAUGAUGAUGGUUGGUCGACUGUUACGAAGCGAUCGAAACUGAAACAAGGAAAUCAGAGUAUCACCGACGCCAAGUCCAAGUCAAACACCUCGACGACGACCGAGUCCCUUCCCGGUGUGAAGGCACCAGCGUUCAAAUCGGCAGGCGUGACUGAUGUGUUCAAGUCGCCCACGCCGCCUCCGACUCCAUUUGGUACACCUACGGCAUCAAUCCCGAACGUAGGUCCAGCUGCUUCUAAGUUCAGUUUCGCGGGCGCGUCGAAGGCCAUUGCGGCGGAUCGUCAGGCCGCCUGGCGAGACACACCAAAGGGGAGUGCAAAGCGAGUGAGUUUCUUCGUUGGCAACACUAAAGAUGAGGAGCAGAAUAACACAGGCUUGAAUACACGAAAGCCUACUAUAGCUUCGACUGAGUUCAGCUUUGGGGGAGCGAAUACUUCAAUGCCUACGGUACCGAAUACGAUGACUAUGCCAUCUACUUCUUCAGGAAUUGGUGGGACACCAGACCAACCUCCUUUCGGUGGAUUUGGUCAACCUGCACCUGGCGCAACCACUCAAGCUCUGGCACAGUCAAUCACUACUACCAACGCAGUAGGCUUCGCAUGGGGAAGUUCUGGUGCGACUCAAUCCACCAGCAGCGCAUUUCCUCAGUCUUCCAAUUUCCGCGGAGAUCCCUUUGGCGCCCGCACGGCACAGCAGCCCCCGCAGCAAUCUGUUGGUCAUUUUGGCAGUGGAUCUGUAUUAACUGGAGGUACGCAAGGUCCAACCCCCACGGCAGGUUUCAAUCUGUUCGGUGGAGCUUCUACGCAAAAUUCCGGAACUCAGCACACCUCGCCUGGGGCUCCAUAUAGUAACGCCGAUUUCAACUCAUUUAGUGCUCCAGCGUCAAAUGCGCCGUUGGCGGGAGCGUUUGGCGCACCGCCAGCUGCCUCAUCGAAUAAUGUCGGCGGAUUUGGAGCCCCGUCGAACAAUUUCACCCCGUCGAAUGGGACUGCCCAGGUAUCUAAUAAUACAGGUUUCGGCAUGAACAGCAGUCUUGAUGGCCAGUCUCCGUAUCAACAGCCGAAUGGCAGCCCCUUCGGUAGCCCAUUUGGCAACACCGCAAACACCGCGGGUGCUGGAGGCAACGUGUUCGACUUUCAGGGUGCAUCUUCUGGCGACGGCGGUGGCGCUCGAAGCGGAGCAAUGGGUGGUGGUAUGGUGCGGAAGAUCGCGAAGCCGACCGGGGCGAGGCGCUCUAGGCGAUAG